GUGGAUUGUAGGUAGCAUGGCGGCCACAGCCCAGCAGUCCCCUCCGUCGGUCGGCGGAAAGCGCAAAGGCAAAUCCCAGUUCCUGCCGGCCAAGCGGGCCCGACGCUGUGACGCAGGCGGACCGCGGCAGCUGGAGCCCGGCUUGCAGGGCAUCCUCAUCACCUGCAACAUGAACGAGCGCAAGUGCGUGGAGGAGGCCUACAGCCUGCUCAACGAGUAUGGCGACGACAUGUACGGACCCGAAAAGUUUAUAGACAAGGACCAGCAGCCCUCUGGAAGUGAGGGAGAAGAUGAUGAUGCAGAGGCUGCCUUGAAAAAAGAAGUUGGUGACAUUAAGGCUUCUACAGAGAAGAGGCUGAGAAGAUUCCAGUCAGUGGAGAGCGGAGCAAAUAAUGUAGUUUUCAUCAGGACACUUGGGAUAGAACCUGAGAAAUUAGUGCAUCAUAUUCUCCAGGAUAUGUACAAAACCAAGAAAAAGAAGACACGGGUUAUUCUGCGAAUGUUACCUGUCUCAGGUACAUGUAAAGCAUUUUUAGAAGAUAUGAAAAAAUAUGCAGAAACAUUUCUGGAACCCUGGUUUAAAGCCCCAAACAAAGGGACAUUUCAGAUUGUAUACAAAUCUCGAAAUAACAGCCAUAUGAAUAGAGAAGAAGUCAUUAAAGAGUUGGCAGGAAUAGUAGGCAGCCUCAAUUCAGAAAACAAAGUGGAUCUCACUAAUCCAGAAUACACGGUGGUAGUAGAAAUCAUCAAAGCUGUGUGUUGCCUGAGUGUUGUGAAAGAUUAUGUGCUGUUCCGAAAAUACAACCUCCAAGAAGUAGUGAAGAGUGCAAAGGACUCACGGCCUCCCCCAAAGCUGGGAAAUGGCAAAGAAGCACAACUGGAACCUGGUAGUAAGUUGAGUCAAAAUGAUCCCCCCAAAGGGAAAAACAACCAACAGGCAGCACCGGAGAGUAGCGAGGAGCUGGGGCAGACAGUGCCAGGGUCCGAAACCCAGGCAGGGAGUGAAGGAGGAGCUAAACCUGAACCUGAAAGUCAAGGCUCAGAAGGACCCAAGGCAAAGGAAAAUGAGCUCUCCUAGGUCAUUCUGCAGGAGGUGGUCUCAACUGUGGAAUUGUGAUAAUGUAUUUUGACUUUUGUGUGCUACUCAAUGCUGAUCUCACAACCCCCCUUGUCAGUUUUGUUAAAGCCCUUCCAGGCCUGUCUGUUGGUGUGUGCAGACCAUGUACUGGUUCCUAGGGGAGGGCACCAGGAGGAUGGAUGGUGUUGGCCUCUGCUCCUCAUUACUCUCUCUAGUUUCCUCUUGAGCACUGCCAACUGAUGUGGAACUGAACAAUAUCUGAGUGGGAAAUGAGCAGGACACUGAGGAAGGUGUGUUCUACAGCUCAGCUGUCCCUGCCGUUCCAUUACACACAGAAGUGGCACUGUGGAUUAUGUGGGAAUCGCUUUGGGAUGCUUUUUUUGUUUAUGUUUUUGGGUUUGUUUUGUUUUGUUUAUGUUAAGAGCAAAUCUGAUGGCUCAUUGCUCCAGGUUUUUUAGAGACGGUAUGAGGUAGAACAGGACUGCUCUAGGUGUAGACCCAUGGGUGCUUAUGAUAAGGUUAGGGAUGAGGAAUCACUGCUGGGUCACUUCCAUAUCCUAGUACAAAAACAGAAAAGAAAGCCACUGUACCAGGGUUUCUCUGGACUUGGACUUUCUCUGGAUUGUCAGCUUGUGGUGCUUUCAAGUUCUCCUCACAGGCAGAGAGAGACUGGAAGGGUAGACGGGACCAGUGACUACUGUAAAACAAACUAUCCAGGUGGGGCCUCUAACAUUAGGCUGGGAAAUAGGUUUGUGCUUGAUUCUUAAUACAUGUUAGAAAAUAGUAUAAAUGCUAAGUUGGUUAAGUAAAGAGCUAGUGACAUGAGAGGAUAUAUUUCCUGUCACAGCUAGAGGCUUGCUUGGUAAGACAGACCAAGAGGAUAUGGGAGAAGCAGGAGAAUAGGCAUUACCUUGCUAAUAUAGACGGGGCUAGACCAUCCUUGGGUGUUUGACAUGUUAACUCAGGUCUGAGAUUGAAACCAUCUUAAAAGGAUACGCCUUAGUAUCACUAGGGGGAACAGAUCACGGUGCCUUCUUGUAGCUUGCUCUGAGACAGAGGGACUUUUCUUUUAAUAGACUGUGACAAAGGGCCUGAGGAUAAAGUACCGUUUGCUCAGACAGGAAGUUCUGGAACUUGGCAAGUCGCUGCACUUGAGAGUUUGAUGUAUACUUUGCUGUGAUUGGCUUUUUAUUUGUCUCCACUGAGUCCCAAGUGUGACUGACUAUUUGCCAGUUGUACAGUGCUAUGCUCUUAGGAUCUAAGUUCCCAGCUACUUUUGCUCUGCUUUCAGAUUGGCUGACUUUGUCGUCACUGACUUCUCAGUGUGCUAUUUACAGGUGAUCGCAGGGUAGGAGCUUACUGGUCAGUUUAAACCAUAGCAAUUAAGACAGAAAUAAAGACGCAGAAACCAAAUCCCUGUGCUGAGGGUCAGCAUGCUGGUCCUGCUCUGCAGACAAAGGAGUUAAGCCUGGUCCUGUAGGACACAUUUGUCCAAAGCUGAAUACAGGUUUCAGAUAUUUCUACUGUAUUUCGUUCUUGGUACAGCUGGACUUUCAGCUUUUCAAAGUUACUGAUAUUUUAAAAAAUAAAAAUGAAUUUGUUCUGUA